AUAUCAGUGGUCGCAGCGGUCAUUUUGCAUUGAAUUGUAAUUUCCUGUAGACAUUCCAUUGUAAUAGGAUCCUUUUUAUAAUCAUUUUCCUACAUGGGAAACUGGCAUGAGUGUUGCGGGUGGUGUUACUCGUUGUUACGCACUGUAACGAUUUUUACCUCGUGGUCUUGUUUUGAGAAACGAACCAACGUAGGUUGAAGUAUCACAUUUGGCAGCAUUAGUCCUUCCCACAGCAUUGGAGAAUCUGCUUACCCUCGUUACCGGUCUUAGUCCAUCCUCCUUACAUCAAAAUUACACAUUGGGAAUUGCGACGUGGAGGGAUCGACGGAUUGACAGUCCACGAUCUUUAAUUAUCCACAUUUAAAAAAAGUUGCUUGGUAUCCUAAUACAACACCGUGUGUCGUGAUGUAAUCCAUGUACAAAAUCCGCUGUGGCAUGGUAAAUAUAUAACCAUGCUCAUUGCGUGUAAUUUUUCGUUGUUUAUUGGCUGUGAUGUUGAGGUGCCAGCAUCAGUUGAUAAAUUGUGGUGCAGAGAUUUUUCCGAGUUCGGUUAUCUCAUUUACCUCAUGGGUGUAAGGUCGGGAGAACAAAACGUAUUAGUUGAACGAGAGACAGUGGAUAUCCGAUUAUGAGGCGUUCGGGCUGAUUGUGGUUAGUGUUAACGACUGUAAAUUCUUUAACCCCUUGUUACUUAUGCAAGGAGCAGUUUAUAAUUGUUGCAGGACAAAAUGGAAAGAAACAGAGAAUAUUGCAAAGUUCCAGAAGAAGAGCUGACUGCAGCUGAGCAGGAAUUGAAUGAAGUCGAGGCCCAGCUGUUAAAUCUCAGUGACAGAAAACGACAACUUCUAGAUCGAAUAGGACAGCUGAAAGAUGAAAUUUUACUGAAAAAGAACCAUCUGCUCACCAGCCGUGAUUGGUCAAGUACUGAUUUCCCAUGGUCUAAGAAGGUGAAAGAAGUACUAAAUUUGGUCUUCAAAUUGAAUGAAUUUCGCCCGCUACAGCAUGAAACAAUUAAUGCAGCUAUGUCCAAUGAAGAUGUUAUUCUCAUAAUGCCUACAGGAGGUGGAAAAAGUCUGUGCUAUCAACUUCCAGCUCUUCUUAAAUGUGGUGUCGCUUUGGUGGUAUCCCCCUUGGUAUCAUUGAUGGAGGAUCAGCUGAUGGCACUCAAAGCACUUGAUGUGCCUGCAGCCAUGCUUACUGCUACAAGCACAAAAGAAGAAGUUAAAUCUAUACAAGAUGCCAUGUUGAACAAGAAUGGAAAACUGAAGCUGCUUUAUGUAACACCUGAGAAGCUGGCGAAAAGUAAGAGUUUCAUGACAAAAGUGCAGAAAAUGUACGGACUUGGCCGUCUGUCUCUCAUUGCUAUUGAUGAGGUCCACUGUUGUUCCCAGUGGGGUCAUGAUUUUCGCCCAGACUACAAGUUCCUUGGUAUAUUAAAAGGAAUGUUCCCUGAUGUUCCCAUUCUUGGACUCACUGCUACAUCUACUUCCCGAAUCACAGUAGAUGUUCAGAAAAUGUUGUGCAUCCAGGGCUGUCUGGUACUCAGAGCAUCCUUUAAUAGACCAAAUCUCUACUACGAGGUGCGAACAAAGGCCUCAUCUCAAGAAGAAUGUCUCCAAGCAGUAGAGGAUCUGUUAAAGACCCGAUACUGCAGUCAGUCGGGAAUCAUAUACACCACUUCUAUCAAAGACUGUGAGCAGCUGAUGCAUGGACUUAGGAACAGAAAACUUCGAGUGGGUUGUUACCACGCUAACCUAGAAGCCCCUCUGCGAAGUAAAGUCCAUGCCAAAUGGCUCAGUGGUGAAUAUCAGGCUGUGGUUGCUACCAUUGCAUUUGGUUUGGGCAUUGAUAAACCUGAUGUUCGAUUUGUGAUUCAUUAUUCAUUGUCAAAAUCAAUGGAAAACUUCUAUCAGGAAAGUGGGCGUGCAGGUCGAGACAAUAAGCGUGCUGAAUGUAUCCUGAUGUAUCGGUUGUCUGAUGUGUUCAGAAUCAGUUCCAUGGUGUUCACCCAGCAGACUGGCUUGCAGAAUUUGUACAGAAUUGUUGAAUACUGUUUGGAUGCAUCUAGAUGCAGACGUGCUAUCAUAGCAUCACAUUUUGAUGAAGCAUGGGACAGCCAAGACUGUAAUGCAAUGUGUGAUCACUGUUGCAAACCAAAGGAAAGAAAAGAGAUGGUUGUUACUUCAUUUUGUCAAGCACUUUAUAAGUUAAUCUCAAAUGCUGCUGCAGUAGAUACAAAAUUGACAGCGCAGAAGUUGCUAGAUGCUUGGUAUGGGAAGGGAGCUGCCAACUUGCGUGACAUAUCUAUCCCAGUGCCAAAAUUCUCAAGAGAGACAGGUGAGGUCAUUCUUGCCCACCUCCUAGUCACUGGUUACUUGCAAGAAGAUUUCCAUUUCACACCCUAUAGCACCAUCAGCUAUCUGAAGAGAGGUCCUAAGGCAGCAGCAGCCAUGUCAGACAAACAUAAUAUUAUAAUGCAUAUUAGUGGUAAAAGUGUGCCGCUGUUAUCAUCAGAGGAAAGCCACAAAACUGAAAGAAAGAUUCCAUUGACAUCAAACAACAAAUCAUUAGCCCCAUAUCAAAAAAUUGAAACAUUGAAUGAGACAAUGACAAAAUCAGUUAGUCUUAAAACCACCCGUGUCCCAAAGGUUGAAGUCUUGGAUCAAAGAAUAGCCUCUGAUGAUGACAUUCAGGUUUGUGGUGCAGAAAAGAGGAGAUCCUCAUGGAAGAGAAAGGUAAUUGUGCUAGAUACUGAUUCAGAUGAUUGAUUUUAUUGCAUCCACAAUUAGCAGCACCCUUGACUAUGAAUCAGUUUAUACAUAUAUUCAUACAGACUGUGGAAUCUCUCCAAAUGGACAUAAGCCCAAGACAUCAAAUCAGUUGCUGUAAGUGAGGUUGUUAUCCACAAUUAAGGCAUUUGUCAAGUGUUGUUAAUGUAGUAAUUUAUUUUUAUAAUAUAUAUUGUAAUCAUUACUAGCUGAUUAAAACAGAAAUAUAUUGUAAUA